UACGCGGUGACGUCAUAUCCGCCUGCACGUGCGUGAAGUCAGGGGCGGUCGGACGUAACCAAAUGUAAACACGCCGGGGGCCCUCGGGUUGCUGCUUGGUGGCGUCAGACGUUAGGGACGUUCAGCUGAGGACCCAAGCCCAAGCCAGCGACAGGUGUGAUCUGCAUUGGAAGAUGCCAGCGCCAGCUACCACAUAUGAAAGAAUAGUUUACAAAAACCCGUCUGAGCACCACUACAUGAAAGUCUGCCUAGACUUUCAAGAUCAUGCAGUUGAAGUGAAUGUUGCCCAGUUCAAACAGCUGCUUGUGUCUGCCCUGAAGGAUCUAUUUGGGGAGGUUGGGGCUGCAUUACCCGUGGAUGUGCUAACCUUUGAAGAGAAGACCUUGUCAGCCAUCUUGAGAUUACCUAGCAGCGGUCUGGCCAAAUUGUGGAGCUCAUUGACCCUACUAGGAUCCUAUAAAGGCAAGAAAUGUGCCUUUAGAGUGAUUCAGGUUUCUCCAUUUCUCCUUGCAUUGUCUGGUAAUAGCAGGGAACUACUAUUGGAUUGAACAGUCCUCAAUUUCUGAAAGCUUUCUUCACUCUCAAAAGUAAUUUGCAUAAUUUGGAAACAGAAGCCGGCU